UGUUGAACAUGUAUUACUUCUGUGCGCAGCACGUAACUCAUUAGUAGUAUAUUUACCUAGGUAGAUCAACACGGUAAGUCUCCCCGCACAUAAUGUAGUUCGGGCAAAGUUCCCACUUGUGAAUGAAACGACAUCAUCGUUGAUACUCGUCAUCUUGUCGCAACGUUCCACGACAGCAAUCUUAUCCAUUUUGUGGAUCUCGAAUAUUCCCUCAAGUUUUGCGUACCGACUAAACAGGUUGCUAACAUGCCGAAAUCCGGACGAGCCGUGCGACCUUUUCGUGGCGGUGAUGAUCGAAUAACGUUUCCCGCCUCGCCCAAGGAACGCAAUCCUCCGACUCAGGUCCCCUGGACGAACGAAUGAUUAGAGUUUGAUGCGAUUGAGGCAGAAAAGACACUGGAAGCUAUGACCACUAGACUCUUCCUUCGACCUCUUUCUUCACCGUAUUGUUGCAUAGUAUAACUGCGAGCACGUUCACCGACUUUCUCGUGUAACUCUUCUUCGAUCGCAAACCCUCCACCUUUACUAUAUAUCUACUUCUGCCCGCAAACUUUUCUGCACUGAAUUGGUGUCAAAAAAGUGCAGUUCAUAUACACCUACACGAACAAUGGCUCCUCAGACUCGCCGCCUUCGUAUCGCCGUCUCUGGCCUCGGCCGCAUGGGCGCCCGGCAUGCAAACCACUUCCUACACCGCACACCGCGAGCAGAGCUCGUCGCUGCCUUCACACCAAAUCCCAAGGAGCUCGCCUGGGCAAAGAAGAACCUCGAGCCAUGGGGGGUCACGAUCUACCAGGACUACGACCAGAUGCUCAAGCACGAGGGCCUCGAAGCCGUGUGCGUAUCAACCGUCACCACAGUGCACGCCGAACAGGCCAUCAAAGCCAUCGAAGCCGGCAAACACGUUCUAUGUGAGAAACCUCUAAGCACCGACGUCGCUGCUUGCGAGAAAGUCCUUGCAGCCGCAAAGUCCCACCCUACCCAAAAAGUAAUGUGCGGCUUCUCCCGCCGCUUCGAUCCAUCAUACCAAACGGCCUACAAAUCCACAACCUCGGGCGCCAUAGGCCGCCCAACCAUCCUCCGCUCCCAAACCUGCGAUAAAUACGACCCGUCCGGCUUCUUCGUCGACUACGCGCAAUUCAGCGGCGGCAUCUUCGUCGACUGCAACAUCCACGACAUCGACCUCGCGCUGUGGUACUUCAGCUCACCUCCCCCCGCUGGGAAAGCAGAGAAGGGAGAACGAGAGGUGGUGCUGCCGCGCGUCAAGAGCGUCAGCGCUGUAGGCGUUACGGCUGUUGAGCCGGGUUUGGCUCAGCACGGGGACGUCGACAACGCGGUUGGCGUCGUUGAGUUCUUCGAUGGGCAGAUUGCGUAUUUUUACUCGUCGCGCAUGAAUGCGCCGGGCCAGCACGAUAUGACUGAGAUCAUUGGGACCAAAGGGAAACUCGUUGUUAAUGGAAACCCCGCGAUGGGGCUGCUGGAGAGCCAUGUGCCGAGCGGGAUUGUGAGGGAGAUUCCGCAGACGUAUUAUGAGCGGUUUGAAGCGGCUUUUGUGGAGGAGGCGAGGGUGUUCACGGAUGUGGUUUUGGAUGGUGGGGAGGUGCCGGUGGGGUUGGAGAGUAGUGUUGAGGCGGUGAGGAUUGCGGUUGCGCUGCAGGAGGCGUUGAGGAGUGGGAGGAAAAUCGUGUUUGAUAGGGAAGGGAGGAGGGUUGGGGGUGGUGAUGGGGUCAAGGCGAGGUUAUAAGGGAGACAUUACGGAGGAGGGCCCACCUCGAAGAUAGGUGUGUCGACUGCUCUAUCUACUUUGAUACCCUGUUAAAUAGCAUUUUAACAUGGUUUCUAC